AUGUCGUUUCGACCACCGGCAAGUCCGGUGCCGGUCGGAUUCUAUUCACGGUCAACACCAAAUCUGCCGACGUUGAGCUCAUUGACAACCAAGGAGCGAGAAAACGAGGGCGGCGCACCAUCAACCUUGACCUCUCCGUCCGAGGCAGCAUCGAUUGAGGACUUCUCCCUGGAUGCUCCUGCCUCGAUCGAUUCCGGCAGCGAAGAUGAAGAUGGCGAUUCAAUGCCAUCGCCGCCACGAUCCAUGUAUCAACACAAGCAGUCGCAGUCGCAUACAUAUCUUGGCCCAGCGACUUUCGCUCCUCCCUUCUACAACCGUCCUCCCACCCCACUACCUCCCAGUCCGUCAUUGACGAGUCUGCUACGACCGACCUUCAGCACACAAGCUUCGCGCCCUACGACGCCAGAUCCAAGUAGUGACGAAGGCACAAGCCAGACUCCCAACAGUGCCGCAGCAACCACCCUCACCACCUCCUUUCGUACUGCAAAACCCAUCCCUCGCGCCUCGCCAAAGGUUCCCACCUACGAGUACUACGGCUUUACCUUAUACCUUACCUCUACUCUCGGCUUCGGUAUCUACUUGCUCUGGAGCUAUCUGCCGUCGCCCUUUCUGCAUCAACUGGGCAUCUACUACUAUCCGAACCGCUGGUGGAGUCUGGCUAUCCCUGCUUGGCUAGUCAUGCUAGUUGUGUGGAUAUACGUCGCAUUGGCUUCAUAUAACACCGGCUACCUCACCCUCAAGAUGCAUGCCGUGGAAUGCCUGGUUGACGAUGCUGCGAAUAUCGCCGUCGUGGACGGAAAGGGAAACAUUAUACGUAAAGAUGAUGAAGGGAGGUGGAAAUCACAUCGAAGAGAUAACAGCGCCGGGAGGAACAUGCCGCCGAAGGAUUUGCAGUGGAACACACUAUGGAACGAAGGCACUGAUGCUGUUAUGGAUGUGCCCAUUGGAGGCGUGUGUGAAAUCCUAUAUGGCAGGGGAGACGAUAAUGACGACGACGAUGAGGAAUGA